AGAGAGAGGCGAAGGCGAAGGUUUGGGAGAAAUAGGAGUGCGUGAAAAAUUGCGACUGGAAUUCGUGUUUCGUGUAAAAUGGACUUCAACGUUAAGAAAUUAGUUAAAGAUGCUGGCGCGGCACUUAGUAGGGUGGUCCAGCUUGCAGAGGAGAACCUGGGCACAUCUGAGAAAACCGAGCUUGAUGCUCAUUUUGAACAUUUAGCUGAACGGGCAAAUGCUACCAAAACCUGGACAGAAAAGAUACUCAGGAACAUGGAAGCCAUGCUAACACCAAAUCCAGGCAAUAGGAUCGAAGAUUUCUUUUAUGAAAAAAUUGACAAGAAGAAACCUUGUAGGCUCAGCAACUCAGAAUAUGUUGGUAUAGAUAUGAUUGAAGCUGGUAAUGAUUUUGGACCUGGAACUGCUUAUGGUAGUGCAUUGAUAAAAGUUGGUAACUGCCAACAAAAAUUAGGACAAAUUGAAAGAGAUUUCAUUGGGAUGGCAGCUAAUUGUUAUAUUCAACCAUUGAGGAAGUUUUUGGAUGGGGAAAUGAAAACCAUUAGUAAAGAAAUGGCUAUUUUAGAAACUAAAAGACUAGAUUUGGAUGCAUGCAAAAGGCGUGUUAGGAAAGCAAGAAGUAUGUUGGGCCAACAAAAUGAAAGUGGAAUUUCUCCAGAAGUAUUACUUGAUCAGGCCGAGAGAGAGCUCAGGGUAGCGCAGUCGGAAUUUGACAGACAAGCAGAAAUCACGAAACUUCUGUUAGAAGGUGUUUCAAGUUCACAAGCUGGUCAUCUUCGUUGUCUACAUGAAUUUGUUGAAGCGCAAACUCGCCAUUAUGCACAGUGUCACGCAACAAUGCAAGAAUUACAACGAGAAUUAGCAGGGGCGCGACAGCCAAGUCCUCUGCUGCGAGUCAACAGCGAGGAAGUGAUCGAGCUAAAUUCCUCGCCCACACAAUCCCAAAAUUCACCUAACCAUCUUGCCGGAUCUACCUAUAUCACUGCCACAUUUGACUCAGACGUUUCAAAAAUCUAAUUAUUUCUUUUCCACUGAUAUAAUCUGUUCCUACUCUAUAUUAUCUCCAUGACACUUUAGCUUAUUCGAACAGUUGUUCUCCAUUUUUAGUUUGAUCAAGCACGUAUGUACUUAACUUGAUUUCAGAUAAUUUAGCAUAUCAACAUAAUCGAAUAGCCAUUCCUCUUGAUUAAAAUAAUAUGUUAAUAGCAUUUAUCAUUUUUGUUGUUGCAAUGAUAAUCGUUAUCGAAAUAUCGACGUCGAUUGAAAAAUUUUUUCCAUGACAGAUUUUAAAGUACAUCGUAAUUUAGAUAAUUGUGUAGAUAUUUAUUUUCUAGAUUGUCCAUAAUUCUAAUGGAAUAUACGUAUUAUUUAUGUUAUACCUGCAAUGAUCAAAUAUGGUACAAUGCUACUAGUCAAUUUAAAAUUCAGGCAUACACGUUCCUAAUGAAUUAGAAUUAAUAUAAUUAUAGUUUUACGAUGCUAACAAAUACUUAUAUAUCAAAACUCCAUUAAUAAGUGUAAAAAUAUAUAAUAAUUGACGAAAUAAAUUAUUUAGAAUUAAUAAACUAUUUCUAAUACUGACAAACUUUCCUAAAUCGCACUAACAUUUUUCCUUUCUUACACUUAAUAUAUGUCAUUUUAAGAUACUUCAACUUUUCUAAAUAUGUUUUACUACUCAUCGUAAUCACCACAUGUACAUAUAUUAUGAACUAAUAAUGUGCAAUCCUUUGGCUUCAAAUUUAUUAUGCAUGUUUUCUCACCUUUCAUGAUAUUUUAUUCACGCGGUUCUGUUAAUUUAUUGUUUGAGUGUUCGUCUCUUAAUCAUAAUAGGUUUAAAUUUAUCAAACAUUCUCAUUGUGUGUAUGUUAAGCUUGUUACUUAUCCUUAUUUUUGUUGUUCAUAUGUCAUAAUUUUAGUAAUUUGUUUAGUAAUAAUUUUAUUUUAUCAAUGUAAUUAUUAAUUAUACAUUUCACAAGUAUAGGAUAAAUUAAUGAAAAAUUUAGUCUUUUGUGGAAUAUUAAAUAAAUUAUGAAACGACAUAUUUUGAAUAUAAUAUUAAUUAAUCAAGAUCAUAACGUGCAGGCGAGUUUUAAUAAACUUUAAUUUUCUGGAAAUCUUAAUUGAUAUCGCUUCAAAGUUGAAUUGCAAUAAUUUGAUUGAUAAAUUGAAAGCAAACUUAAGAUUAAGAAAAUGUUUAUUUUUUAAUUGAUCAAUGCACAAAUGUUACCAUCAAAUAUUGCACUUCCUGAAUUGACCCCAUUAAA